AUGGCAAUCUUGCGGUUAAUAAACAGGGUGUUGGUUCUCCCAACACUUGGAUUCGGUUUGGGCGUGGGCACUUUCAUCAGGGCGUGGCCCAACGAGGGUAGCGGACUGACGUUGGGCGACGACGACGCAGGUCGCUUCCAGAGACGAGAUGUGUUGAAGAAGAUUGAAAACCUCAGCCAGUUCAAGCGUCUUUCGGCAGACGGCAGCUACGUCAAGACCCUGCAGAGCGAUGGGAUCCCCGCUGCGCACAGACCGAAUUGCGUCGGCCAGGGGAUUCUGUUUGGGUACAAUAAACUGGAAAUCGACCCUAUAAUACUGAAGAGCGAGGAAAAAGGCGAGAUCGUUGUGUUCUACCAUCUGGGCAAAGAUCUUGGGAACGAGAACGGGAAAGUGCAUAAGGGAAUUCUGUCGCUUUUGCUGGACGAGGCUCUCUGCUACUGCGGUUUCCCGACCUUACCUAGCAAGCGGGGCGUCACGGCCAAGCUAGACAUUCAUUUCGACAACGAUAUACCCGCGGAUUCUACGAUCGUACUCAAGGCGCAUGUUACGCAGUCCAGAGGUAGAAAAUGCAUCAUUGAUGGGACGCUGGAGAGUGUGCCUUCGAACCCUGUCACGAGUCUCGUGAUGGGGCCUACGACGUACGCCAGAGCGCAGUGCAUCUUGGUGGAACCCAAAUGGUUCAGAAUCUUUAGUAGAGUUGACUUAUUUUGA